AUGCUUCACUCGUCCCCAUCCAAAAACGGAGUAUCACCCUACACUGCCCAACAACAACAGCACAGCGAAGCCGACAUGGAUACUUCAAUCUCCAACUCGACCGCAGCCUCUCCUUCUCGUCUUUCUUCUUCCAAUUCCUCCGCAACUUCAGCAACUACAUCAAACGCUUACUCCUACUCCCAAUCCUACAACAGCCAACUUCACCGUCAACAAUCCCUCAACAACAAUAGUAACAAUAGCACUGGUACCAACGCUAGUGGUUACUUGAGCCCUCUCUCGAUUCAGCAUUCCAACGUCCCCCAGAUUCGUUCUCCACUCGCAAUGGGUUUCAGCGCCCAUUCCGGAAGUAGUAACAAUGGCAGCAUAGCAGCAGCAGCAACGACCCUUUCCUCCCGCAUCAACUACAACGGCAACAACACCGCCAACACUAAUAACACUACCUCUACUGGCCGUGCCCGAGACCGCCGAGAUUCGUUUCAGAGCCCAGUCGCGUUCUCGCCCACCCUCAGCCAUAGCAGUCCCGGCGUCGGCGGACUGACUUUCCAGGGGGGAGCCAAUAGCAUCUAUGCCCACCCACCCAGGUUUGCCCACCUCUGGUCAGGCACAUCCAACACCGAUGGCUCCUGCAACAGCACCAGCAACCGCAACCGUUGCCUGAGCACCAGCAGCGUCGACAGCAACGCUAGUUCUGUCGGCCUCAGCCACUUGACCCCUGCCCUGGCCGCCAUGAGUGUCCACCACCAAGCUUCGCCCGCCAACUCGCCCUACCAGUCAUACAGCAGCUCCCCUCACCAUGGCGGAUUCCAGCACCAAUACCAGCAACAGUCGACAUCGACCUCCCCUUACCCAUCCUACCACACUGCCUUAUCUAGUUCCCUCCAACAGACCCAGGUCUCAGCCUAUGACAGUCUCUCUGUGACCGCAAGUAACAUCGCCUCGAACAUCUACGGCUCCACACCACCUCUCCACUCGAGUUCCGACAUGAUGUACAACUCUUCCACGCAAUACGGCGCGCAAAUGUCUGGUGCUGCCUCCACAGCCCAGGCGUACAACAGCACUCAGCGUUACGGAUCUGCCAUGCUCCCAUUGGGACCUUCGUUGUACUCGGACCAGGAGUCAUCGAGGACGACACAGCCCAGCCAGCCCUUUGAUUCUGCAUCGCCACUUGCUGCUGCCACCCGCACUGGUGGUGCAGGCCGUACCACGACUUUCGACUACAAUGACCAGCAGCAGUACGACCCUUCGUCGCAUGGACAAUACUAUGGACAGUCCCAGCAAGGAUUGGGCAUCAUGGUCACUGGAGGAAUGGCCCGCUCCUCUUCCCCCGACCACACCGGUCUUGAUGAUGGUGACCUCCAGUCGUCUUCGUCGGACAUGAUGGGUGGCCUUGGAUCGGCGAAAUUGGGCAUGAAGCGCAACAACACUGUCGGAAAUGCCUUGCAAACUCCCGAUGACAUCCAUGCUGUGCUUGGCAAGGACGGCAAGACUCUUGUGUACCUCUGUCCUAAAUGCGACCCAAGCAAAGAAUUCACCACAAAGUCCAACCUCAAGCGUCAUUUGGAGAACAAAAACAUCCACAAUACUCCUUAUGAGCGUCGCAGAGACCAGAAGCGCUGGCAAGGCCAUGAGAAGAAGCAGGUCAGCCGUGAUGAGACGACCUUGCGUAUGCGCAAGUGGCGAUCAUCCAACCCGGAGAAAAACCGCUUCAACGAUAUGCGCUGCCGAGUCUACAAGCUGGCGCGCAUCAGGUACGGCGAACAAUACUCGGCCAGCAAGGAGGAGUUCAUUGCCAGCGAGAUUGAGCGCCGUAAGCAGCUCAUGAUCAUCCGGAACAGCCGCCGGGUCGAUUGGGCUAGCCAAGCCUCCGGUGGGGAAGGAUCCGAGUCUUCCUCGACUUCUCCUGUGCCGGCUUCGACGACCGCGGCCUCGACAGGGUUCUCGAUCCCAUCCUCGGACUUUACGUUUGGGUAUGAGACUGCUGAGCAGAUGGUUACUUCUCAUCAGCAGCAGCAGAUCCCCGCCUACGGUUCCAACAACACGUCAGAUUCCAUGACACAGGACUCUUCUAGCAAUAGCAAGGAGGAGAAGGCUGCUCCCAAGGAUGCCCAGUUCUUGCAGGAUCUUAUCCAGAAUAAGCUACCUCCUCGUCGUCGCUCUCGCUCGGCCAUGCAUUCUCAGAUGAACAACGGUGCCUCGGAUGCAGAAGCUGCCAUUGCUGCGGCCAACGCCCUUGCCUUCCCUGCUUCAUCCCAAGGUACUCACGCCUAUGGUGGCCACAACGACAGCAACGGAUUCAUGUCGUCGUCACCUCCCUUUGGAUACUCGACUACCUCCCCCGCCAGUCCUCGCCAGGUCCGUCGCCUCCGAAAGCAGCGUUCCACGACCGAGAACCCUGACCACAGCCAGUACCGUCAUAACCAGUUCUCCUUGGGAGGUGCCUUCGGUGGCUACCCAUCCGUCCUGGGUGGGUCGUCCUAUGAUGGUAGUUACAUGGAUUCCAAUGAGCAGCUCCAGAUGUUGGAGCAGAAGUAUUCUUAUGGUUCUAUUUCUCAGACCUUGGGUAUGGCUACCAAGUCAGCGAAUGCUGGUGGAAAGUCGCAGGAGACCUCUUCGUUGGAGGCGGUUGUUGAGGGUAUGGAGAUAGCUCAGCCUCUGGGACCCCUAGAUUCCUCCACCACCACAAACAAUGCCACCACUGCCAGCUCCGGAAACACCACCGGAACUGGUCUCUACAGCGAUCGCGACACCUCUGCCUGGUUCGCAGCCGCGACCACAACGACUUACAACGCCGAAACCUCCGCCGAAGCCGAGGACGGAGCCCGUGGUUUCCCCUUCCCCACCAUCCGCGACCGCAAAGAACUCGCCCGCGCCGCCGGAAUCCGUCUCGACAUCCCCUCCCAGCAAGCCCUUGGUGGUUCCGGAUGGAUCAACGGUCUGAACAAUGCCAACAACAACGGCGGUCCCGGGUCAGAUGACCGCGUCGGCGGAUCAGCGACCUCGCCCGAGUCAGCCGCCGCACGCGGCUACCACGAUUUCGCCUCGCCCCUCUCCGGUGGAUACGGCGUCCACUCCUCCUCCCAAUCGCCCAUGCUCGCCCCAGCCUUGACGAGUACCAAGCACACCAAGGGUUCCAACAUGGAAGUGUUCAGUCUCCAGACAGGGCCAAUGCAUUUGUACGGUCAGGGUUUGGGUGCGCCCGAGAGCAGCUUCUUUACGAAUGGGACGGAUGCCAAUUCGUUGCCUUCGGCGGCUGCCAACUAUAUGGCCAAGGAGCAGCCCGUUGGACGUCGUCACUCCACCCACCUGUCCAACCUGUCCAUGUAG